AUGCUGAGGGAAAGCCCCCCCCCGCCCCGCCCAGGUCUGUCCGGGCAGCCAUCUUACCCCCGCGGGCACCGCGGCGGGGCGCCGCUGAGGGGCCCCGCGCCCCCCCGACCUCCCGCCUCCCUCCGCGCAUGCUCCCGCCGCCUCGGGCUCGGCCUGCCGAAGAAGAUUGGGCUCUCGGCGGCCCGAAGCAAUGUUCUAAAAAUGUCAUCAGGCAUCCAAAUAAAACCAAAGACUGCAGUACAGAAAAGCAAGACAUCUUCUCCUUUGUCGUGUUCUCCAGAACCUGCAAUAAAACCACAGCCAAAGCCUAGUGACAAGCUGAAUCCUAAAACUAUUGAUCCGUUUGGUGCUUAUUCUCGACCACCUUCUGCAUUUGCUGCUAUAUACGCUAAAGGUGGCAUUCCAUGCAGGUUAGUGCAUGGCUCAGUAAAGCACAAACUGCAAUGGGAAUGCCUUCCUGAAACUGUUCCCUUUGAUCCUCUUCUUGUAACAUUGGCAGAGGGUCUAAGAGAGACAAAACAUCCCUAUACAUUUGUUUCAAAGGAGGGUUUUAAAGAAUUACUUAUGGUUGAAGGUGCUACUGAAAAAGCAAUUCCCUUGUUGCCUCGUCUGGUUCCAGUGUUAAAGGCUGCAUUGGCCCAUUCAGAUGAUGAAGUAUUCGGAAGGGGAUUGGAUGCUUUAGUUCAACUGAGUGCUGUUGUUGGCCCAUCUCUUAAUGAUCAUCUCAAGCAUCUACUCACAAAUCUUUCAAGGAGAUUAAUGGACAAGAAAUUUAGAGAAAAAAUUACCGUUGCUUUACAAAAGUUGGAACAAUAUGGUGGAAAGGCAACUGUGGCUAUCAUCAAAUCUAAAAUUCCAACCUAUUGUUCUAUCUCCUCUUGAACAAGAAAACUCCAGUGAUUUGUACUGUAAGGUGAAGUUUGGAAAGAAACUGCCUGUGAACAUCACUGACACUUCUUAUGUGGGGUAUGAUAUACUCUCUUAAAAUAAUCACAAUUCUUCAGUAUGAUGGAGAGUGGGAGAAGUC